AUGACGAGUGCGGCGCUGGUGGUGCUCGCGGUGCUGGCGGCGGAGAGUACUGUGUCCGCUCAGCUGCGGCCUGCCGACGCGCCUCCCGAAAUCAACGACACACGUUGUGGGCCAGAAUGUGUGCGAUGUGCGGCAGAUGGCUGCGUAAAAUGCGCUAAGUUGCUGGUGUGGCCGGAAGGCACUUGCGCACAUGAUUGUCCAACUGGCAGCAGAGAAGCUUGGGCUCACGAUGAUCACCUCAUGGGCAGAGUGUGCUACCCCACACAAACGUACAACGAGGUGAUAGUCGGUGGUAUAUGCGGUGUGGUAGUCUGUAUCGUGCUGGUAGUUGCAGCAGCUGCGUACGCGCGAUGCCGAAGCAAGCGCGCGCAGCCGCAGCCCCUGCCACAACCAAACCAAGAUGAAGACACGCGGCUGAGAGAAUUCCAUAAACAAUUGGAUUGUUUACGGCCACACGCAUACACGCUGCUGGCGAUACUGAAUCACACGAGACAUCAAGUACGGGAACUCUAUCAACUCGGAAACAAUGAUGCUGCUAUGGCUUACAGUUGCAUCUUGAGUGAUUUGGCUAAAUUACUCAUACUAUUGAACAAGCAGCAGGUGCCUGUAGUACCGGACGAGUGGCCGCGAUUGGCCAGUUGGGCAGAGAGAAUUCUUAAGCGUUACAGCCGAACGACUGUCAGCUCUCAACAAGAAGGUCAACUAGUUAAUUUUCUCCCUGUCCCAUCAAGUCAAGGCUCGGACUCGGAGACAACUCAACAAUCGUUUUCAACAUUCAAACCUCCCUCCUACUCCCCCACCUCUUAUGACAGCAAUAUCAUAGACAAGGAAAUAGAAAGUGAGUGGAGUGACGCUGGCAGGCCUCCCAGUUAUUCACAAGUGGAGAGGGAAAGAGAAACCAUCGUCCUCUCUGACCCGUGGGAGAGAAGACCGAUUGUAAGAAGAGAAAGUGUUUGGCUGGAAGAUGAGUUCUUUGAAAUGACUAGAAGGCCUCAAGACGAACUAACCACUGAACUUUAA